AUGCCUCGCGUCACAAAGACAAAGGCACCAGUUGUCGCCACACCAAGACGCGCAACUCGCUCCACAGUUCGCGCUGGCAGUGCCAGUCUCGAGGAGCCCAUCGAGGUGCCAGCUCCCAGACGCCGCGGCUCGCGUUCUAAGACGCCAGAGUCCAAGAACUCGUCGUUCGAGAAGUCGCAGCCCGAGAACCACCUUCCCGCUCUCGCCGAGGUUGAAGAGUCACCUCGUGUCGUUCUUCCACAGCCCAUCGAGGUCGCUCCCAUCGUCGACGCAUCUCCAUACGUCACUCCUCAGCACUACCACAUCGCUGCUGCCACCACGCGCAACCCGCUCUACGCUCCACCUGCCGUCACGCAGCUCCUCGACGACGCGCCUACCGCCAGACGCAGUCCCAUUCAGUCGCCUGCUUCCAGUCGCAAGGUACACAAGUCACCUGCUGUCAGCCAGACUGUUCACCAAUCCGUUGAGAUCUACGUCGACGAGGACCCGGCCCAAGACAACGACGACAUCCACUCCGACAACGACGUCGCCCAAGUCGACCAAGAAGAAGAAGAAGCUGUCCAGGAAGCUGUUGAAUCUCAGCUUGCCAACGAGACAGCCGAGGCUGGUUUGUCACAUUCUCAUCCUACUUCCNCUGCUUUGUUGAAGACUCCUACCACUCCUGCAAGCCUUGCCGGUCACUCUACCUCCAAGAGAAGACGUUCCGCUAGAAGUGGCGGCUUCCUUCGCACUCCCACCUUCGACAACAGCCCAUUGCAUCACAGCCCACUGGCUGAAAUCUCUGGAAACUCUGUUGCUUGGAAAGAAUUCUUCCCUUCUUCCAUGUUCGAAUCCUCUUCACCUGCUUCACUUGCUGUUCCUCUCAUGGAUCGCGCACUCCAGAGCGAAGAGAUCAUCCCCGAGCUGACCGAUCGUCAAUCCACAGCGCUCCUUUUGGACAUGCGCAGAGAGAUCUUGCGUCUGCGCAAAGUCGAGGAGCAGUUCCUCGCCGCCUCCAAGCAGCAAGUCGCCAAUUCAACUGCUCAGUCAGUCGCCAAAUCACCUGCUUCACCUGCUCAGCCACCUGCUACCCAGGAAGCAUCACCGGAGAUCCCACGCACCAUGCAUCGCCUCAAGGAUCUUCCUCAAACUCCUCAGAUCUCAUCGCAAAACUCAGCAUCAGCUGAGACACCCGCCGCCGCCUCUCCAGCAUGGGGCCUCACUUCUCUCUUUGGCUCGGUCAAGAACAUCUUCACUCACCGUCCCAGCUUCUCGCCCGUGAAGCCAAUCGAGUUUACGCAGCCUCAGGAGCCCAUUCAGGAGCGGCAAGUUGAACCUCAACAAGCAGCUCAGUCGCAGCAGGCCACACCUUCACCAGUCAAGAGACAGAGACGCCACCUCUCUUCUUCGCAACAGAGCCCUACGCCAAAGCCUAGAGCACCCGCACCACCUGCAACACCUGCACCAGCUCCUCAGGAGCCUGAAGACGAUGGUCUGUAUGGUCAGACACCAAGAACCACACGUCGUCGUGGCGUUCUGCCCGGUUCUAUGCCUCGCAGAAAACGCGACACCCCUGCCAAGCCAAAGGAGCCCAACGCAGAUCUCAGAGCAUCUCAACUCGAAGUGGCAGCUCAGAGAACUGUCGAGCGCGAGAAGGCCCAAGAGAAGGCCGACAGACUCGAGCGUGAGCGUCAAGCCAUCAUCGCAGAACUGAAGCUGCGUGACUCGACUUACAGCGUCGGCGAUAAGCGCAAAAUUUCGGUGAACGUCGACGAGCUCGCAGUCAUCCCCAGAAAGGCGUCAGGCGCAAGCUCUGGGACAUACGGUCUCAUGGACGACUUCUUCAAUUACGACGAUGAUAGUGACAUUGUCGAGAUGGAUGAGGACGAUGUUCAACUGCUCCCAGCUCCUGAGCACCCCACCAAGAGGGUCAGACUCGAUGAGAACGUCUUCCAGCCAAAGACACCUGCACCUACACCAGCACCUCAACCCACUGCCAUCAGUCCUGUCAAGCAGGCAGCAGCACCACAGCAACCUACCAUUCCCGCAACACCUGCUCCCAACUACUCGCAGCUCACUCAACAAGCCAUUGAGAAGCAGCGUCUGCAGAUGUCUACUUGGGCUAAAAUUGACAAGAUCUACACACCCGAACUCAGAGCCGCCGAUCACGAAUUCUUCAUGGAAGGAUUCGCAAAUGCCAUGGCCAACGCCGAGAAGUAA